UCCUCAGCCACAGCGACCGCAGUCGCUCCCACGACACCAUGUCCAGCGGCCACGUCGGCGUACGCGCAGCGCUCCUGCUCGCUUUGACUGCACUGGCGCCCCUGCUGUGCAUCGCUCAUGACGCCAGUUGCAAAGACACGAGCGGGAAGUACGAGACGUCGUACACGUGUGAGGGAUUCAAAGAUCCGCACGACUUCGAGCGGCACCUCAACCACGGCCUCGUUCCUCACUCGUCGCGUGGACUGAGCUUCAUCCUGCGCGACUCGCGUCCGCGCGACUUCCCCGUCGGCUGGCUGGAGGGCAUCAAUGCUACUCUUCUCGAGUUCCAGAACGUCACGCUCGCGUCACCCGAAUCGUACGACGCGGUGCUGUCUGGGCUCGCAGGAGACGCGCUGCCAUCCUCGGUGGAGCGUCUCGUAUUCAGUUACGGCAGCACGCUUCCAGCCAGCUGGGAGACCUUACAGAAGCUACCACGUCUGAAGACCCUCGGGCUGGUGAAAAUGAGUGGUCUGAGGCUUGGCCGAGACUUCGGCCGCCUACCGCGCACUGUGCGGGGCGUAAGCGUGCUCCAUUCGAGCGUCGAAAGCAUUGAAGACGGUUGGCUUUCAGAGCUUCCAUACCUAGAGUACGUCGUGAUCCGGGAUUCGAAGCUCGCACUCUUCUCCCGGAACAUGCUACCCACCCCAGCGCUCAAACUGCGAAGCAUCGACCUCGACUACAAUGACCUGAGGGCCAUUCCGGCUGGCUUCGGUGAUGGCUUUCCGGCUCUGGCAUUUCUGGACCUGGAGGGAAACAAGAUCACCACCAUUGAGGAGCGCCACCUCUCCGGUGUACUCAACGACACCAGCACUGUUGUACUGCUUGGAAACAACUGGCUUCACUGUGACUGCAAGCUGGGCCACCUUCGGCGCCACUCAGACCGCAGGCUGCGGGCUCGGUGCCACACCCCGGAAAAGCUGCGAGGACGCAGCAUACAGAGCCUCACGGACAUUGAACUGGGCUGCUGAAGGUGCUACACGCCUUCACUGGCUGCGGGUGCUUUCUCUUUACCUCUUGUUAUGUACCAGAUUCAAAGUCUAUCCUGUCUAUGCUUUCUGCGGUAUUCGCUCCAAGAAUUAAAGAAACAGACACAUCCCCAAAGACGAGAGCCCACUUCGACUGCAGCAGUAAGAGCCACAAAGAAAUAAAGCCUCUCCAUGAUCGAUGA